CUCCUCUCCUUUGCUCGAACAUGCACCAUGUCCAUGCUAAAGCUACCUUGUGAGUUGCUUCUGCUCAUAGCACGGCAACUGGAAUGUGAAGACCUGAAUGCGCUCCUCCAAUGUCACUCUUAUCUCUACAGCUCGCUUACCGAAUACCUCUAUUAUUGCAAUGUACACCACCACGGUACCUCUGCGCUAUUUUGGGCAGCCACCUCGGGCUCUAAAGUCACGCUCCAGCAUAUCCUCGAUGUUGGAGCGAACGUUCGCUGGGAAUCGCGCUAUUGGGCCUGCUCAAAGUCGUCCCCCGGUGGAAUUCACCUUAGACAUCGGGCAGAAGGCAUGAAAGAACACCCGAUUUCCUACGCCGCGAGUCAUGGGCACGCUGAGAUUGUGACAAAAUUACUCGAUCAGGGUGUCGACAUCAACUACCAAGACCUUGAUGGUCUAAGCCCACUUGCUCUAGCGGCAUGCGGGGGGGCAUUUUGACUUAGUCCAGAUGCUCGUUAGCAUGGGCGCCCGUCAGUUGACCCACGAUACGCAUGGUCGACUGCUGAAGAAAUUCGAGCAAGUCAGUUCCCCCGGUUGCUCCAGUGUAUGGGAUCCCUUAUGUUGCUCAUUGUCAAUCCAAAAUUUAAUAAUAUUUGGAUCACCGCUUCCUGCCCGGAUGUGAUAGCAGUAAUUAAAAAGAAUUCGCCUUCUUCCCGAGCUUUGGAGUCGGCACCAUGCUCAAGUAGUAACCUGAAUAUAGCCUCAUGGUGUAUGGCAG